GCCCUACAGUGCCGCGCGGCCGCUCCCUCCUGCAGACCGUCUCCGUCCUCCCGCCGAGCCUGUGCGUAAUGGUCGAGAAGAGGAUGAACUCUCUGCUAAAAUGGGCGCUGAUCCUGUUUGUCCUUUUCUCCAUCAUCCUGAACUUCGUCCUGAUCGGCCUGUACCACGGCAGAGCGUCCAAAUGCUCCUCUCAUCAGCGCAAGCACCCGUUGCGCGCCAAACACGACGAGCGCAGCCUGGUGUUCGCGGACCUGACGGCAGAUGAGUACCUGCAGGUCCAGAAGUACGUGCUGAAGCAGAAAGACCUCCAGAUCUCCACCAACCAGAUCACCAAGCCGUCGGAGAACUUCCUGAUGCUGAUAGAUUUAUCUGUCCCGAAAAAAGCGGAGGUUUUGGCGUAUUUGGAUGGGAAAGGAAAGAAACCGACGAGAGAGGCGAGCGUGGUGGUCCACUUCGGCACCAAGGGCUACAUCAGGGAGUAUGUAGUGGGGCCACUGCCCAAUCCUACAUCCAUGACAGAUGUCACAGUGGAGAAGUACAAAGGGACUCUGCCCAUCAAGUCGCGCCUGGUCACCAUCGGGGAAUACGCUCUGCUCUUCACCUUUCUGGAGCAGCAGGUCUUCUCCAAGCUGCCCAAGCUGAUGAAGGAGAGUUUCGGAGUGGAGCCGGGCAAGACCCUGAACGCCUUCGAGCAGAUGCCCCGCGGCGUGCGGGCCGGGGACAGGAAGACCUGGGUGGGGUUCUUCCGGGACAUGAGCGGUAUGUACAUCCACCCGGUGGGCUUCGAGGUGCUGCUCAACCACGAGAGCCUGAACGCGUCCCAGUGGAGGGUGGAGAAAGUGUUCUACAACGGGGAGUACUUAAACAGCGUGGCCGAGCUGGAGAAAGCCUACAAUAGCGGGAAGGUCAAAAAGAUCGUGUACGAGGAGCCUCAGGAUUACGGGUCCCUGAAGCCCCGGACCCGGCCGCUGCAGCUGGGCCCGCAGCAGUUUUACGCAGAGGGGAAGCGCUUCAGCGUGCAGGGGAACCACGUGCUGUACCUGGACUGGAGCUUCGCCUUCGGCCUCAGCUCGCUCACCGGCAUGCGCGUGUUCGACGUGCGCUUCAAGGGGGAGAGGAUCGUGUACGAGCUGAGCGUGCAGGAGGCCAUGUCGGUGUACGGAUCCGUCACUCCGGGCAUGAUGCUCACCAAGUUCCUGGACUCCAGCAUCGGGAUCGGGCGCUUUGCGCACGAGCUGGCGCGCGGCGUGGACUGCCCCUACGAGGCCACCUACAUCGACUCGUACCGGUACAUCGACGCGCCCGGUCCGGUCCGGUUCAGGAACUCCAUCUGCGUCUUCGAGCACAACAUGGGCCAGCCGCUGCGGAGGCACUUCUCCGACUUCUUCCACAACUCGUACGGCGGCAUGGUGAACAGCGCGCUGGUGUUCCGCACCAUCACGGCCAUCGGGAACUACGACUACAUGUGGGACUUCAUCUUCUACCAGAGCGGCACGGUGGAGGCCAAAGUGCACGCGACCGGCUACAUCUCCUCCUCCUACCUGGUGGACGGAAACCUCCGGCACGGACACCAGGUGGCGCGCAACGUGCUGGGCAACAUGCACACGCACUUCGUCAACUUCAAGGUGGACCUGGACGUGGUGGGCGUGCGGAAUUUCUUCCAGACCAAAGACAUGGAGUUCGUCGACACGCCGCUGCCGUGGAUGCCCGACCACAAGGCCAUGAUCCCUCAGCUGGUGGAGAAGCAGCUCAAAACAGAGCAGGAGGCGGCGCUGCGUUACGGCACCAAGAUGCCGCGCUACCUCCACAUCGCCAGCAAUCAGACCAACCGCUGGGGCCACCAGCGCUCCUACAGGCUGCAGGUCUUCAGCUUCACCGGGGACCACCUCCCCGAGAGCCAGGCCGAGGAGAGGUCCAUGUCCUGGGCCAGGUACAAAGUGGCCAUCACCAAGCACAAGGACUCGGAGCAGACCAGCAGCAGCCUCUACAACCAGAACGGGAUCUGGACUCCGGCUGUGGACUUCAGCCAGUUCAUCCAAGACAACGAGAGCAUCGAGGACCAGGACCUGGUUGCCUGGGUGACCGCCGGCUUCCUCCACAUCCCUCACGCCGAGGACAUCCCCAACACCGUAACCGUGGGCAACGGGGGCGGGGUCCUGCUGCGGCCUCACAACUACUUCGACGAGGACCCGUCCAUCCACUCGGCGGACAGCGUGUACAUCGCCCCGGGCCGGGAGGUCAGCUGCGAGGACAACCGGAUGGCCUGCCUGACCCGGGACGCCUGCAGCCCCGUCCUCCAGCCCUUCACCUACAACGGCUUCGAGGGCGUCAUGAAGUUUGUGGACUCUGCCUGAUCCAGCCGAGGCCGAAGACAAAAAGCCUGGAAAGAUGAAUGUUGGAGCAGUUUAGGCCUUUCCCAGUGGUUCACACCUUUUGGGAACCGCUGGGAUAUGCUACACCUGCUUUUAUGCAAUGAAUUCUGGGAAAUGUUUUGCUUUCUACUGAAGAAAUGUGCUACCUGUCCUAUUUUUGUAUUUUAAGUUCAACUGAAAUUCCCUCUGAUCUAUUUUUAUAUGUCUGUUUAUGGGAUUUUUCUACAAGCUGAGAUGUUUUUUGCUAGCUGCUGAUUGAAGUCCGUGUUCUUCCUACCUGAGCCGACUUUACUCUUUCAGCACAAACACGAGGGCUCCGGCUGCCGCUUCACUCCCUCACACCACACGUGCCUUUACUCACGCCACUUAAAUGAACUCCCACUGGGGUCACGUUAAUAACCUAUACACUUAUACACAAGGCAAAUUAUUCUGGGAAUAUUAAGAUGUCCUCCCAGUUCUUUCCCACUCUCCUGCUCGUGUCCAUGGCGUUGGUAACUCGCUCUCGAACCUUCGGGGUGAGUUAUCUUUGUUGGUAGUUCUGUCUUGUCUGUUCUGAGUGAAGUUCUAACUUUUUUAAGACAGUUAAACGUGGAAGAAGACGUUUGUAUUUGUUACCUUGAUAAUGUGAGUCGUCCAAGUGAUUCUGGUGAAACUGAUUGGGAUUUUCUCGAGCUUUAAAGGUGUGCGUACCAAGCGGUUUCUGUGAACUGUGAAACAGGUUAAUCCACCCUUCAUGAAUGUAUGUGGCGGCAUCUGUAAAGUUUGUUGUAUUUUCAUUUGAAUGUUAUGCAAUUGUGAAAACUAAAGUUUGAAACACAAUUCUUACAUCGA